AUGAGAUACGCGGUUCUUUUACUAUUGGGCAUCUUUGCCUUUGGUGUCCUCGCCGAUAGACACCACUUUUGUUGGUGUGAAAGUCAUCAAGUCGGAGAUCACGACACAUGCUUGACGCAGGCCGCUUGCAGUAAAUAUCCGCAAGACAGGUUUUUCGGCGUUCAAGGCGGUGAUUCAUCAGCGUCAACAAUCACAAAAAUGAGUUGGAAAAGGCAAGAGUGCUACAGCACGCGAGCAUGGCCCAUCAUACCCCAUCCUUUCCUUGGUGGAAAGGAGUUUAAGUCGGCUUGUGUUGCCGCAGCUACCGACGAAUCCGUCGUGAACGCUUGCGGUUUUAUGCCGGGGGAAAGGACUGGUAUUAGAUCAGUCUGUUCGGAGCCUUUUGAUUAA